CAGUUUGAUUGUUCUGACGUCUUCUCUCUCUCAGAUGUGACGGAUGAGAUGCUGAGUUUCUUUCUCACGCUGUUUCAAGCGCUGCGUGUGCAGAUGGGCGUGGCCUUCACAGAGCAGAUCAUCCAGACCUUCCUCAGCAUGUUCACCAGAGAGCAGCUGGCGGUGAGCAUCUUACAGGAGGGCAGCUCUGGCUCCAAAGUGGUUCAGAAGUUUCUCAAGAUUCUGCAGGUGGUGGUUCAAGAACCCGGGCAGACGUUCAAACCUCUGCUACCCAGCAUCCUCAGCCUUUGUUUGGAUCAGGUGUACCCAAUAGUGUCAGAGGUAUGAGACAUGAAUAACAGACACCUAAACCUCAGAAUGCUUCAGAUUGA